AUGGAAGUAGUACAAGUUCAACCGAGAGAUUCUUAUUUACAUAAUAUUUACGUACCUACUAAAGGUACCGUCAUACGAUGGUCUUUUACGACAAAGAAGAACAACAUUGCAUUCGGCUUGUUUCGUCGCAAAGAAAGGGAGCCUUUGCCAAACUCAUCCGAGAUCGUAUUCAGGGCUCAGCAGCAACUGCAAAAGCGACAGAUGUCUUUUCCCUCAGACGUGGGAGCAAAUAGAAACAAUAGUCAAGAAUCCACAUCCACAGUAGGGGAUGAUGAUAUCGAAUCCAAUUACAUUCAUUCCUCGAAUCAGUCUAUCCACAGUCAAAACAACUCUUCGCAUCACAGCACUAGGCCCCGCUCCAAGUCUGUGGCAACCAUCAAGCUAAAAGACAGUGGCAUGGAUGAGAUCAUUCCUAUACAGCAUGCUCAGUCGUCUGACCAGAAGGUGGAAGGAACUUUUGUGGUGGAUGAACCAGGAAACUAUGUAUUGGUAUUCGACAAUACCUUUUCAAGGAACACUCCCAAGAAGUUGACAUAUUCUGUGGCGUUGGGCAAUCCUGAGGAUGUCAAGGUGCCCGUAAACGAGAUGUCAGGCUGGCUGUUGAAAAAGAAGCGAAAGAGAAUGCAGGGCUGGGCUAAACGCUGGUUUACACUGUCUCCCACAGGUGUGCUCUCCUACUCUACAUCGCAAAACAGUGUCACCCGAGGCUCAAUUCAGAUUCUUGUAUCCACCAUAUCCUACAAUCCUAAUUUGCGCCAAAUCAACAUUGAUUCGGGUACCAUGCUCUAUCAUCUCAAGACAUUGACCGAGUCAGACUACGAUUUAUGGCAAUCCGCAUUGACCGAGACUCGUAGAAAGAAUGGCGAAUACGACGAUUCCCCUAUACCUCAAAUCGAGCACAGCAAGAGCAUUGUUAGUGUUGCUGCCAGCAAGCGCCAUUCCAGUCGCUAUGGAGAGAACAAGAAGAUUAGAGCCGAGAUUGAGCAGGGCCUGGAAACAUCUAGUUUGCAUCAACAAAAUACUCUGUUUUUAGCCAAGAUUAUUGAGGAACUCGAGCAAGUUUUGAUCAGGAAUGAUUUGCAGUCAAUUCAGCCACUAAUGGAGAAACUGGAUCAUCAGAAACUGCAAAUGGUAGCAGACGCAAAUGAGCAAAUUUCUCAGUGGAAGAAUGUGCAAAACUACUUUGCUUCCAGUGGCCUUCGUCGCUCUGGCUCUAUCUCACCCAUUAUUAGUAGCGCUCAGCAAACACAAGGGGACGACACUAUUCAUGAAGACUAUGAGCAUCUUCAUCGCUCCUCCAGUGUGUAUUCUCGCAUGUCUGGCUAUUCGGAUCAAUUCUUCGAUGCUGAAGAUAUUGUACUUAGUGGCGGAGAGGAUGAGGACGAUGCGAUUGAGGCUGGAUCCAGUAUCGACGAUGAGAGCAGUGACGAAGAUAGUGAACAAAGCAGUGGCACAGAAGUGCUUGAUUUGACUUCAAUGAGCGAUUGUGCUCGUCGCACAAAACUACCCUCUCCAGCUGUUGCAGAUGCAGGAUCAGCCCUUUCUGUGUUUAGAAAGAAUGUCGGCAAGGAUUUAUCCACCAUUGCAAUGCCAAUCAGUAUGAACGAGCCAUUGAACAUGUUGCAAAAGGCAUGCGAGGAAUUGGAGUAUUGUGAGCUAUUGGAAAAGGCAUCUACAUUGACAGAUGCUAUGGAACGUCUGAUGUAUGUCACUGCGUUCUCUAUUUCGUCUUAUGCCUCGAGCCAGUAUCGCACAGGAAGAAAGCCAUUCAACCCAAUGAUGACUGAAACUUACGAGAAUAUUCGCCCUGACAAAGGUUUCCGAUUCAUUUCUGAGAAGGUAUCACACAACCCACUGGUGAUUGCAGCACAUGCCGAGGCAAAGGGCUUCAAAUACUGGCAAUCUACACAGAUCAAGAGCAAAUUCUGGGGUAAAUCCAUGGAGUUUAUGACUGAAGGCACUUUCCAUGUGACAUUGACGGGUCAUGACGACCAUUAUACCUUCUUCAAGCCAUCCAGCUGGAUGAAGAACAUGAUUGCUGGCGAGAAAUAUCUGGAACAUUCAGGCGAAUGCAAGGUUGUGAAUAAGACCACGGGCGAUUAUGCUGUCAUUACAUUCAAAGAAGGCUCUGGUGGUGGUUUAUUUGGUGCUCCCACAAAGCGAAAUGAUGUCAUUGCAACACUGUAUGAUGCUAAUGACAAGAAGGUACGACGCGUAGUGGGUAAAUGGAGUGAAUCUCUGGCAGAAGAAGUUGGGCUAGAUAAGAAGAAGCUGUCUGUUAUAUGGAAUGCCCGUGCUCCUGGCAUCAAGGAUUACGAAAAAUACUUUGGUUUUACAAAGUUUGCUACUGAGCUCAAUGAACUGACUGAAUUAGAGCGAGAUAAGCUUCCAAUGACUGACACAAGAUUGAGACCUGAUCAACAACUGUAUGAAAAAGGCCAUGUUGAUGAGGCUGACGAAGAAAAGCUCAGGAUUGAGCAACAACAGCGAGACAAGCGCAAAGAAUUUGAGUCGCAGGGUAAAGAAUGGCUACCUCGAUGGUUUGCUCGUGAGGGUGAAGAAUGGCUGUAUUCUGGUCAAUACUGGCCGACUCGAGAGACUGGCCAAUGGCCCAAAGAUCAAUUCCCAUUGUGGUAA